UGUGCUUGUGAUUUGUGCUGUGUAACCCAUUGUCGUAGUAAAUAAUUAUAUAAAUUUUUAAUUUCCAUAAACGUACAUAAUCUCUCACUCUCAGGGUUAUUCCUCAACUAGAGAAAUUGUCUUAGCCAAUGGCCGAUUCAUCAAAACGAGAUCAUGAGGGAAGUGAUUCAGACCAUUCAGAUGAUGGGUGGAUUGGACCUUCACCAUCAGAAGCUGCCCCUCCUAAAAAAAGGAAAGUGCUUCAGUAUGAGAAACUGUAUCUGGACAACUUGCCUAACGCUGAGUCGUACGAGAAAAGCUUCAUGCACAGGGAUGUCGUAACACAUGUUGCCGCCACCAAAACAGAGUUCAUUAUAACCGGCAGCUGUGACGGCCAUGUCAAGUUCUGGAAGAAGAUGGAAGAGCUGAUAGAGUUUGUGAAACAUUUCCGAGCCCAUCUCGGAGCCAUCGUAGACAUGACAGCUAACUACAACGGGACGCUGCUGUGCACCGUGUCCAACGACAAGAGUGUCAAAGUGUUUGAUGUUGUCAACUUUGAUAUGAUCAACAUGAUGAAACUCAACUUUGUGCCGCGCUGUGCCGAGUGGAUACACGGCUUGGGAGAUGCAAUCCCUGCAUUGGCAAUAGGAGAUACAGAUAGCAGUGCAAUACACAUAUUUGACGGCAGAGGAACCAACGAAGCACUCAAAAUUUUGGACAAACUCCAUGUGAAGCCUGUGUCAAUAAUGAAGUACAACCCAGUGUUUGAUGUGUCAGUCUCCGUAGACUCGGCUGGCAUCCUAGAGUAUUGGGGCGGAGUCAGACAAGACUACAAGUUUCCAAAAUGUGCCAAAUUCGAAUCAAAACUGGACACCGAUCUUUUCGAGUUUGUAAAACACAAAACUAUUCCUUUUGGAUUGUGUUUUUCACCUGACGGAACAAAAUUCGCCACUAUGUCUUUUGAUCGUAAGGUUAGAGUAUUCAACUUCCUCACGGGAAAACUGACUCGAGUGUUUGACGAAUCACUACAAAGGUUCUCCGAGCUGCAGCAGAAAAAACAGCAACUACCAAACAUGGAAUUCGGAAGAAGGAUGGCUGUUGAGAGAGACCUAGACAAGUCUGACAGUCUAAGACUCAGCAAUCUGGUGUUUGACGAGAGCGGCUACCUGUUACUCUACCCCACCAUGCUGGGAGUCAAAGUGGUCAAUUGGUAUACAAACAGAUGUGUCCGAUUCCUUGGCAAACCGGAGAACCUUAGAAUUCUCAAGAUAUCUUUAUUCCAGGGAAAGCCAAAGAAGUCCAAAGCUGCUGUAACUGUUGAGUUGGAAGCGUCUGAAAACCCUACUUUGGAUUCGCUCAAUCCUGAUCCUACCAUCUUCUGCACUGCCUUCAAAAAGAACAGAUUCUACAUGUUCACUAGGAGGGAGCCUGAAGACACGAAGAGUGCUGAGGCUGACCGAGAUGUCUUCAACAAGAAACCUUCAAAAGAAGACAUAAUUUCUGCGACAGAAGCGUCAAGUAUCCAGAGGCUGUAUGACAGUGCCAUCGUACACACGUCGCUGGGAGAUAUCCACAUCAGUCUGUUCAAGGAGUGUCCUCGAGCCGUAGAGAACUUCUGUGUGCAUAGCAAGAACGGCUACUACAACGGACACAUCUUUCACAGAGUCAUCAAAGGCUUCAUGAUUCAGACGGGAGAUCCCACUGGUACGGGAGCAGGCGGAGAGAGUAUAUGGGGCGGAGAGUUUGAAGACGAGUUACGACCCAACCUGAGGCAUGAUCGGCCGUACACAGUCAGCAUGGCCAAUGCUGGGCCGAACACUAACGGCAGCCAGUUCUUCAUCACUGUCAUACCUACGCCGUGGCUGGACAACAAACAUACAGUGUUUGGUCGUGUUGUGAAGGGAAUGGAGGUUGUACAAAACAUCAGCAACGCCAAAACUAAUGCCAAGACUGACAAACCCUACGAUGACAUCUCCAUCAUCAGCAUAUCCGUUAAAUGAAACAAAACAAUGGCUCACAUUGAAACAAACGUUGCCACUAUGUCUCAGUUAGAUGGAUCUUGCAUUUGAUACAAUUUCAAGAAACUUUUCACAAAACUAAAACUGUCAAUAUGACAUUUGUAAUCAAUGUGCAAACAGUUAGGGAAUUUGGGGGAAGUGUUUAGGAAACAGUAAGAAGGUGAAACACCUUAAAUAAUUUGAAAUGAGUAAUUCAUCCAUUUCUAAGAUAUGUCGAAACCAAUAAUCUAAUACAAAAUACUAUCAAAGGAAAUGAAUCACACAGCCAUCAUGU